UUGUGCGGAAGGGUCCUCAUGUGCAUGGCUCGGUUUGGAAAUAAGUUCAGUACGAUCGUUGUGUAAACUGAAGAAUAGUGCUAUUCGUCAAAUAAUAUUCACAAACCCACUGCUGGUGCACGCUUUGCACAUUACACAAUGGAAACUGACCUUUACGACGAGUUUGGAAACUACAUCGGUCCUGAAUUGGAUUCUGAUGAAGAUGACGAUCUGGAGGCAGACGCGCGAGAUGUAGAUGAGGCUGAAGAGGAAGACGACGAUGAGGCUGCCGAUGCGGAAGAAGAUGUGCCAGGGAUGGAGGUGGUCCUACAUGAGGAUAAGAAGUAUUAUCCUACUGCGGAGGAAGUGUAUGGGCCGGAGGUGGAAACUAUCGUCCAAGAGGAAGAUACACAGCCCCUCACAGAGCCCAUCAUCAAGCCAGUGAAGAAUAAGCAGUUCACUCUGACUGAGCAGGAGCUGCCUGUCACAGUUUAUGACAUGGAGUUCCUAGCUGAUCUAAUGGACAGUCCAGAGCUGAUCCGGAACGUCACCCUCUGUGGCCAUCUGCAUCAUGGCAAGACAUGUUUCGUGGACUGUCUGAUUGAACAGACACACCCAGAGAUCAGGAAGAGAGAUGACGUGGAUCUCCGGUACACAGACAUCCUCUUUACUGAGCAGGAGAGAGGUGUUGGGAUCAAGAGUACCCCUGUCACCAUGGUGCUUCCUGACUCGAGGGGCAAAUCCUACCUUUUCAACAUCAUGGACACCCCAGGUCACGUCAACUUCUCAGACGAGGUCACGUCCGGCAUCAGAAUCUCGGACGGCAUCGUUCUCUUCAUCGACGCGGCAGAAGGAGUGAUGCUGAACACGGAACGGCUGAUCAAGCAUGCCGUCCAGGAGCGUCUGGCCGUCACCAUCUGCAUCAACAAGGUGGACCGUCUCAUCGUGGAGCUGAAGCUGCCCCCCACAGACGCCUACUACAAGCUCCGGCACAUCGUGGAUGAGGUCAAUGGCAUGCUCAGUACCUACUCCACGGAUGAGAACCUGGUGGUGUCUCCUCUCCUGGGGAACGUGUGUUUCGCCAGCUCCAUGUACAGCAUCUGUUUCACCCUAGGCUCUUUCGCUAAGAUCUACUCUGACACCUAUGGGGACAUCAACUAUACUGAAUUUGCCAAGAGGCUGUGGGGAGACAUUUAUUUCAACCCUAAAACGCGCAAGUUCACCAAGAAGGCCCCCACCAGUAACUCCCAACGCAGCUUUGUAGAGUUUGUCCUGGAGCCUCUUUACAAGAUCCUCUCUCAGGUGGUGGGAGACGUGGACACGUCUCUGCCCCGCGUGCUGGAUGAGCUGGGGAUCCACCUGACCAAGGAGGAGCUGAAGCUCAACAUCAGGCCUCUGCUGAGGCUGGUCUGUAACCGCUUCUUUGGAGAGUUCACCGGCUUGGUGGACAUGUGCGUGCAACACAUUCCUUCACCAAAAGAGGGCGCCAAGGCCAAGAUCGAGCACAGCUACACAGGAGGGCUGGACUCGGACCUGGGGGAGGCCAUGGCAGAUUGUGACCCUGAGGGCCCUCUGAUGUGCCACACCACCAAGAUGUACAGCACCGAGGACGGGGUGCAGUUCCACGCGUUUGGCCGGGUGCUGAGCGGCACCAUCCAGGCGGGCCAGCCUGUCAAGGUGCUGGGGGAGAACUACACCCUGGAGGAUGAGGAGGACUCCCAGGUCUGCACCGUGGGACGCCUCUGGAUCAAUGUGGCCCGGUACCAGAUUGAAGUGAACAGGGUGCCUGCUGGUAACUGGGUCCUCAUAGAGGGCUGUGACCAGCCCAUCGUCAAGACGGCCACCAUCACUGAGCCCAGAGGGAACGAGGAGGCCCAAAUCUUCAGGCCUCUCAAGUUCAACACGGCGUCCGUCAUCAAGAUCGCCGUGGAGCCCGUCAACCCGUCCGAGCUGCCCAAGAUGUUGGACGGCUUGAGGAAGGUCAACAAGAGCUACCCAUCGCUCACCACCAAGGUGGAGGAGUCAGGAGAACAUGUCAUCCUGGGCACCGGCGAGCUCUACCUUGACUGUGUGAUGCACGACCUGCGCAAGAUGUACUCAGAGAUCGACAUCAAGGUGGCCGACCCCGUGGUGACCUUCUGUGAAACGGUCGUGGAGACGUCGUCGCUCAAGUGCUUUGCUGAAACGCCAAACAAGAAGAAUAAGAUCACAAUGAUUGCAGAGCCUCUGGAGAAGGGCCUGGCUGAGGACAUAGAGAACGAGGUGGUGCAGAUCACGUGGAACAGGAAAAAGUUGGGAGAGUUUUUCCAGACCAAGUAUGACUGGGAUUUGCUGGCCGCCAGGUCCAUUUGGGCUUUCGGACCCGACACCACAGGGCCCAACAUCCUGGUGGACGACACCCUGCCCUCUGAGGUGGACAAAGCUCUCCUGGGCUCGGUCAAAGACAGCAUAGUCCAGGGCUUCCAGUGGGGUACCAGGGAGGGACCUCUCUGUGACGAGCCCAUCAGAAAUGUCAAGUUCAAGAUCCUGGAUGCGGUCAUCGCCCAGGAGCCUCUGCACCGAGGCGGGGGGCAGGUCAUCCCCACGGCCAGGAGAGUAGUCUACUCCGCCUUCCUCAUGGCCACCCCCAGGUUGAUGGAGCCAUAUUACUUUGUGGAGGUCCAGGCUCCGGCUGACUGUGUGUCUGCCGUCUACACCGUCCUGGCUCGACGGAGAGGUCACGUCACCCAGGACGCCCCCAUCCCAGGCUCCCCCCUCUACACCAUCAAGGCCUUCAUCCCUGCCAUCGACUCCUUCGGCUUUGAGACAGACUUGCGCACGCACACCCAGGGACAGGCCUUCUCUCUCUCCGUCUUCCACCACUGGCAGAUCGUGCCGGGCGACCCCCUGGACAAGAGCAUCGUGAUCCGGCCCCUGGAGCCCCAGCCCGCCCCCCACCUGGCCAGGGAGUUCAUGAUCAAGACCCGCAGACGCAAGGGACUGAGCGAGGACGUGAGUAUCAGCAAGUUCUUCGACGACCCCAUGUUGUUGGAACUGGCCAAACAGGACGUGGUGCUCAACUACCCCAUGUAAGAGAGGCCGAGGAUCGGGCACCGUCGACACCUGGCCGCCCCCCAGCCCCACGCCCAGCGGCUGCAGAGCCGCCUGGUCCAAGGUUGAUGAGGUCACUCGGGAUCCCGAAACUCCUGGGACGUUGUCGCCUCUGAGGAUGUUGUUCCAGAGGUGAAGCCAGUCUCCACUCUGUUGUCUGCUUCUUUUUUACAUGUGUACAUUCUCAAUGUUUUGUAGAAUAUGAUGACUUGGACAGCAGGCAGGAUUGUUUGUUUUAUGAUGAAAUGUGACGUGAUGCAAAAUUUUUCAAUAAAUAUAUCCACCUGUUCCAA